GCACGCCGCGGCAGCGAGCGCCGUGGGAGCGCCGUGCCCUCUCCGUUGAUGAGCCGCUCGAGGUGCAGCGGAGCAGCAGCAGCAGCAAAGGCUGCCUCUCACCCACCACCACUCCCGCCGUCCGUCUCUCCCAUCCAAGUCUGGCUCCCUCCGUUGCACCUCCGACGCUCGCCUCGCCGCUCGCACCCGAAGCGUUGCUGCGCUCGAGCACGCGGCUGCUCCACCUGUGGCGCCCACCGCUCGCGCCUCGCACAACUCGCCAGCGGGCCGUCUGGGCUGCAGCGCCAUGAGCUCCAGCCCGCACAUCGAAGCAGGCGGCUCUGCCGUCGCGGAGGCGCCUGCUGCUGCCGCUGCCGAGGCCAGCUCGAGCAGCGCCGCUGAGCAGCCUCAGGGAACGCUCUCUGGCGUGCUCGAGGAGGUCGACGAUGCGGCUGAGCUGCUCAAGCAGCCCUUCGAGCCGCAGCCGCUCGUGCCGCAGCCCGUGCUUGAGCCGGCCAAGCCUGCGCUCAGCGCCGAGAAAGAAGCUCGUAUGGCCGAGCGCCGUGCUCGCCUCGCCCAGCGGGCCGCGCCCUCCACAAUGCCGCCCGAGGAGGCGCCGAGCGGCUCGAGGGCAAGCGCCGCUCCGAGCCACGCUUCCGUGCGCUCUCGCGACAGUGGCGACGAUGUCGAGCAGCCGUCGAAGCGAGCGCGCACGAACGGCAGCGGCGAUGGCCGGUCCGCCGUUGGCGUCUCGGCAGCGGCAGCGCCGUCGCUGAUGGUCGGCGGCAGUGGCGCUCGAGCGCCCACUCAGUUCCUCGACUCGUCUGGCAGCUUCGUUCCGCCGCGCGCCUCCAGCUCCCACAACGGCGAGCCUGCGUUGCGUCUGCCUGUCAAGACGGAGAACGGCGGACGCAGUGCUCGGAAGGGUACGGGUGCCGCGAUCGAUCUGACGCUCAGCGAUGACGAGGACAUCCAAGUCACUGCCACGAAGCGCAACACGGACGUGCAGGUCGACGAGCAGCGCACCAAUGCGCCCGUCUGCCUGGGCGCUGUGAAUGGCGUUGUGCUGUGCUUGCACGGCUUGCCUCGCAGCCUGAUGUACGAAGGCACCGGCCGGCCGGAGGACGUGCCUCAGGAUCCGGCCUACGAGAAGCGCAACUGGCCUCGCAUCUCGAGCUUCUGGUCGCAGCCGGGCUAUCGCCCUAUCCUGCUGUCGAUCCACUCGAAGAACGACGGUCCUGUUGGCCCGCGCGGCAGCUCCGACCACAUCGAGCUCAACGUGAGCACGGUGCAGCCGCCCCUGGUCGCGGCUCAGGCAGCCGCGGCGCACGCGCGCGCCCGGGGACUGCCCAUGGAGCCGCCGAAGGUAUCGGCAGUCAUGCUGGCGCCGUUCGGCGCCCUCUCUGAGAAGCACAAGAAGGCGCUACUGCCGCUCCUCACCUCGGGUCUGAUCCGCUGCGAAGCUCGCUGCAAGAUGGCGUCUUCGAAGCGUGGAUCGAUGUUCACGUACCCCAUCGAGAUCCUCAUCUUCACCACCUCUGCCCAGGUCGGCCGCGUCACGAACGUGCUGCUCAGCGAGGGCGUGCAGAUCGACAAGCCAGUCUGCUACGAGCCGCUGGACUACCCGCAGGCGCCGCGCCUAGUCUACAGCCGCAGCGCGCUCCCCGAGGUGCACGGCGCAGGCGACUUCCGCCAGGGCCCGAGCAUCUUCACCGGCGGCUACGGCGGCCACGUGCUGCAGACCAAGGAGCAGACGGAGGAGGAGCGCAAGAAGCAGGUCGACUCGGUGUACGACAGCCUGCGCAGCGGCGACGAUCUGCCAGAGGUCGAGCCGCACGCCGUCAUCAUCACGAAGCUCUUCCCUCAUCAGAAGCAGGCGCUCUCCUUCCUGCUCGACCGCGAGCAGGACCGCUCCUUCGACCUUCCGCCGGCUGGUGAGGCGCAGGAGGCGGGAAGCGAGAACGGUGACGCCAAGGGCAAGGGCCGCGCGCCCCAGGAGGAGGAGACAGUCUCGCUCUGGAAGGCAGUGCGCAAGCGCGACGGCACGCCGCGCGCCUACCUCAACGUGGUGACGAACAGCGAGUCGCUGCGCCGCCCGGAGGUCUGCCGUGGCGCGAUUCUCGCCGACGACAUGGGCCUGGGCAAGACGAUCACCACCAUCGCGCUCAUCGCCCAUACGUAUCUUGAUGCACGCAAAUUCGGCAAGACGAAGCCAACACCCGCCGACCCUGCCAGCGCCGCCGACUCGAAGGCCAAGGAGAACGAGCACGAGGAGGCCUUCACCGGCAACGUGCCCGGCGCCCCGCUCGGGCGCAUGAUCAAGAAGAGCCAGGGCGGCGGCAAGGUGCAGGCGAAGAGAGACGAGGCGGAGCGCGUGCGCCGCAAGAACCUGCGCACGCGCAGCCGAGCGACACUCAUCGUCCUGCCGCUGACGCUGGUGUCGAGCUGGGAAGAGCAGAUCAAGGAGCACACGGAUCCGCGCUGGCGUGAUCGUCACGUCCUCAUCUAUCACGGCGCGAACCGCAGCUCCGACCCGCUCUGGAUCGCCAAUCACGACAUCGUCCUCACCACGUACGCAACGCUGGCGAACGAGUUCUCCAACCAGAAGACCUGGGUCGCCGAUGGCGAGGAGGAUGAGGACGCGCCGGACGCCGAGGACAGCGACCCUGACAUCGUGCCGCUCGACGAGUUCGGGCAGCCGAUCCUGUCAGCGGCGGCGAAGGCUGCGAAUGCGCAGAAGGCGGCUGCCGCGCGCAAACAGGCGACGAAGCGCCGCAGGGCGGAGGCCGGCGAGUCGAAGAACCCUCUGCAGCGCAUUGAGUGGUUCCGCAUCGUGCUCGACGAGGCGCACACGAUCAAGGAGACUCGCACGUGGCAGUCCAAGGCGACGUGCAACCUGUCCGGCCAGCGCCGCCUGUGCCUGACGGGCACGCCGGUGCAGAACCGUCUCGACGACCUGUACGCUCUCAUCAAGUUCCUGCGCCUCGAACCGUUCAACGAUCGGGCGACGUGGAACGAGUUCUGCGGCUCGCGCGACAAGGGUGGCGGCCUGCGUGCGACGUCGGCCAAGGAGAAGGCCAGCGCGCCCGUCGACGGCACGUCGCUGCGCCGCAUCCAGACGAUCAUGAAGUUCCUCACGCUGCGCCGCAGCAAGGACGGCAAGCGCAAGGACGGGCAGCGCCUGCUCAACCUGCCGCCCAAGUACGGCCGCACGCUCAUGCUCGACUUUGACCCGCGCGAGCGCGCCGUGUAUGCGCAGAUGCACCAAUCCUUCAAGGAGGAGUUCGAGCUGCUCAAGGCGUCCGACACGCUCAAGCUUAACUACGCCACCAUCCUGCACGAGAUCUCAAACUUGCGCAUGGUCUGCGACCACGAGGCGCUAGUCGACGACAGCAAGGACCUGAAGCGGAAGAAGAAUGGCGGAGACAACGACGCGGUGCAGGCGAUCGUGACGGACGGACUCACCCGUCAGCGCGCGAUCGCGCUCUUUGCGCUGUUCGCCGGCGAAGACCAGGCAGAGUGCGGCCUAUGCGGCGUGGACCUGACGCGCAACGACGAGGAAGCCGCCGCGGGCGGUCCCGCGGCUGGCGACGGCAAGAUGCGCCCCGUCGUCACCAAGUGCCAGCACAUGUUUUGCACGCCGUGCUUCCGCAGCCGCAUGCCGGCCAAGUGGCCCGACUGCAAGGCCGACGACCGCGCAGCGUGCCCCGCAUGCGACAUCGUGCUCGGCCUGCUCGUCGAGACGGUCCAGCUGCAGCCGUCGGACAUCGAGUCGCGUGACGGCGCCGGCGAAGGGGCCAACGACAGCGACGCGGAGAGCGACGCUCCGCCGCGCAAGAAGGUCACUUUCGGCGCCGACGCGGACACGCCCAUCUCGAAGCGCACCGAUCUCAGCUCGAAGAUGCGCGCCCUGCUCGCCGACAUCACGCCCUUCUCGCAGUGCAAUGCGCACUCGAUGCUCUUCGACCGCGACGCGCCGCUGCUGCAGCACAUGGCCAUCUCCAAGGGCGACGAGCCGGUAGUCAUUGCGCAGCACCCUCCGACCAAGGACGGCGGCCCGGACAACAUUUUGCCCGUCAAGUCCGUCGUCUUCAGCCAAUGGACCAAGAUGCUGGACCGCGUGCAGACCGCACUCGAGCGCGCCGGCAUCAAGUCCGUCAUGCUCGACGGCCGCAUGAAGCGCGACCUGCGCGCAAGCAACAUCGAGCAGUUCAAGAACGACCCGGGCACCGAGGUGCUGCUCGUCUCCAUCAAGGUCGGCGGCACUGGCCUGAACCUGACCGAGGCCUGCCGUGCCUAUCUCAUCGAGCCGGCCUGGAACCCGUCGAUCGAGAACCAGGCGCUGGACCGCAUUCACCGCCUGGGCCAGCAGAUGCCUGUCAUCACCACCAAACUCGUCAUGACCAGCUCGAUCGAGGAGCGCAUGCUCGCUCUGCAGCGCCACAAGCUCGAGCUGGCCGAGAAGUCCGUCGGCGAGAGCGGCCGCGGCGCCAAGGGCAAGUCCGACCUGCAGCGCCUGCUCGAGGAGACCGACUUCGUCAAGUAGGCGCAGCGCGCGGCUCUCCUCGCCGGUGCACCACACAAGCGCCACCCUUUCGCGACCGCCUCCACUGUCCCGUCGCCCGAUCCGAUCCGCUCCCACACAUGUAUCAUCCCUCAUACACACGCUACACGACCUCAACAUUACCCACCGCCCGCGCGUCACCAUCUGUAUCACUCAAA